AUGAAGAUGCAAAACAAAGCCAAAAAGCCUCAUGUUUUGAUCUUUCCAUUCCCUGGUCAAGGUCACAUUAACCCGAUGCUCCAAUUCGCUAAACGCUUACACUCCAAAGGCGUCAAAGUUACCAUGGUACCCACCGUCUUCCUCUCUAAGUCCUCGUUUUUCGAUUCAUCCGCCUCCAUCGAUCUCUGCAUCAUAUCUGACGGCUUCGAUGAAGGCGGGUUUGAGCAGGCGGAUACCCCUGAUGCCUAUCUCUCAACUUUCUGGAACGUAGGCCCCAAGAGCUUAGCAGCUUUAAUCAAGAAACUUGGUCAUACUGCUCAUCCUGUUGAUGCCCUUGUCUACGAUACUAUGUUGCCUUGGGCACUUGAUGUCGCGAAGCAGUUUGGGAUAUCAUCGGUCGCGUUUUUUACACAAUCUUGUGCCGUUAACAGCGUGUAUUACCAUGUUUAUAAGGGACACCUUCAGCUGCCACUCCGAGGAUCUCAUGUUUCUCUUCCAGCAAUGCCUCCGCUUCAUGUUUCGGAGUUACCAUCUUUUGUUGCUAUUUAUGGAUUGUAUCGGGCUUGGUUUGAUGUGCUUGUGGAUCAGUUCUCCAACAUUGACGAAGCUGAUUGGGUGUUUUUCAACCAUUUUUACGAAUUGGAGCCACAGGUGGUGGAUUGGAUGUCAAAAUUUUGGAACGUGAUAACAGUAGGACCGACGAUUCCGUCUAUCUACUUGGAUAAAAGACUCGAAAAUGACAAAGACUACGGUAUGAAUAUGUUCAAGCCAAAUGUUACUGCUUGCAUGAGUUGGCUAAGUGGAAAGCCAAAGGACUCGGUGGUAUAUGUAUCAUUCGGAAGCGUUGCAUCACUAGGGAUUGAGCAAAUGGAGGAGAUAGCUUGGGCAUUGAAAGACCGAAAUGGCUACUUCUUAUGGGUCGUCAGGGAAACCGAGAAGCCCAAGCUUCCACACAAUUAUGUAAAAGAGACCUCACAUAAGGGUUUGGUGGUGACAUGGUGCCCUCAAUUGGAGGUGCUGUCGCAUGAGUCCGUAGGUUGCUUUCUCACCCAUUGCGGCUUUAAUUCGACUCUGGAAGCACUGAGUCUCGGAGUUCCGAUGUUAGCAUUGCCUCAAUGGACCGACCAAUGCACUAAUGCCAAGUACAUAGAGGAUGUAUGGAGAAUCGGAAUAAGAGCUCGUCCCGAUGAGAAAGGGAUUGUGAGAAAAGAGACUAUCAUACGGUGCAUAAUGGAACUACUAAUGGAGGUUGGAAAAAAGGGCGAAGAGAUUAAAAAGAAUUCAAUCAAGUGGAAGAACUUGGCUAAGAAGGCAGUUGAUGAAGGUGGAAAAUCAGACAAAAAUGUUGACGAAUUUAUAGCUAAACUAAUUUGA